AUGAUCGCUUUGAUGUAUGUAGCUCCACUUACUACAGUUCCUGUGGAUCCUACAUUAAGCGGCGAGCCGGACAUAGAAGAAAUCAAUCAAAAAUCGGGCAUUGCUGAUUAUCUGUUUCAAAGCGAUAUCAAUCUGACUGAAGAGCAAUUAGACUGGCUUGAAAAGGAAGCAGCAUUGGCAGGAACAACUCGUCCUAAACGUCAAGUGGCCAGUAAUGCGGCUCUCUGGCCCAACAAACGUGUAUACUACCACUAUGCUGCUAGUAUAGGUAAAAAGUUGUUUCAUCUCUAUUACCCCUAUAAACUUCAUCAUUAUUACAGUUUUUCAGAUGCUCGAAUGAAAACAAUUAAUGCAACUGCCCCAAAUCGUGUACGGGUUUUUAAAGGUACUGGAUGUUGGUCAAACAUUGGAAUGAUAGGAGGGGUACAGGACCUAUCUUUGGGAAAUGGCUGUGAUGUGGUUGGCAUUGUUGCUCAUGAGUUUUCCCAUACCCUCGGAACAUUUCAUACACAAAUGCGAAGUGAUCGCGACGAUUAUGUUGCGAUUGAUUUGAGGAAUGUACCGGUAAGUUUUGCUUAUAAGCGGUUUUUCGAAACAUGUGUCCACUGUUUGUCUGUUAAAAUGUAG